AACGUAACUUACACCACGUUUUACUCUAGUUUUACAUGACGUGUGUUUGAAACUGAUAAACUUCAGUGGCCGAGUGGUCUUCGUCCCCGCAAUUGGGGUUGACAUAACCUUGAACACUGCGAGUUCGGUCAUGGAUUCGCGCCGCGCUCGGACGGGCUGGCUGCGUGGAGUUUUCCGGGUUUUCUCCACGUCAUUAACGCCUGAAUAGGGGCCAGUUUCCCAUAAAAGUUCUCCCGGAAGACAUUCUUUCCCCUCACGCGCGUUUUUAGCCGUUUAUAAGACUGGUUCUUCGAUCGCAUAGCGAUCAAUAUACGUCUAUCGGAGAAAGAGUAUAGAUGUAAAGCUAAAAUCUCCAUAUAAACCAUUGAGUAAGAAAGAAGAACUGAUAAAUUUUUGUCACUUGUUUAAUGUGAAAAUUUUUAAAAGCAAAAUAUCUAACUGCUGAAUAUUUUUGUUGACGUCGAUUUAAAUUUGAAAAUAAAUUAACGUGACGUCAAUUUCAAAUUUAAAUCGACCUUCAAUUCUAUGCAAAUGAUGUUUUAAUCUGUACUCUUCUUCCUGGUCACCUUAACUUAUAAAUCUUAACAUCUGUACUCUUCUUCCUGGUCACCUUAACUUAUAAAUCUUAACAUCGACUAAAUUUCGUCGUGUAAACUUAAUAUUAUAUAUUCUACUAUUUAAGUGUAGUUGUUUGCAUUUUUUAGUAAUAACGUUAGUGUGUUUGUAGUUAGAUAAUAAGAUUUCCAAGUUUAAAUAUUAAACAUACUUUCAUGGAAUGGGACAUAAAUGAAAUUUUAGGAAAUGCUAGAGAUUUAAAAUCUUCUAUGCUAAUUCUAAAUCAACCACUAGACAAAUUGGAGUCUUUUGUCUUAUCAAAAUGGGAUAAAGUUUGUUUACAUAUUGCUGUGGAUGGAGGUCUUCUACAUCUUCAUGAACUAGCUAAUAGAAAUUCACUUAAUUUAGUACCUGAAUUAGUUACUGGAGAUUUUGAUUCCAUAUCUACUGAAGAACUUGAUUAUUACAAGUGUAAGGGAUCUAAAAUUGUGCAUACAGAUGAUCAAGAUGCAACAGAUUUUACAAAAGCAUUAAUUGAAAUGAUGAAAGUAGUAAAUGAGAAAAAUAUGAAGCUAGAAUCAGUAUUAGCAGUAACAUUGAUGUCAGGUCGUCUAGAUCACAUUAUGGCAAGUCUUCAAACACUUUACUUAGCAAAACAAAUGAAUUGCCCUCCUGUUUAUUUAAUUUCUGAUAAAUGUGUGACUUGGUUAUUAUCAAAAGGAAAACAUAAAAUUAAAAUAAAUAGCACUUUUCAUAAUCUUUCUGUGGGGCUCAUUCCAUUAAAUCCAUGUAUUGUUACAACUGAUGGAUUAAAAUGGGAUUUAGAUAAUACAGAGCUGAAAUUUGGAGGACUUGUCAGUACAUCCAACACCUACAAACAAGAUACAAAUUAUGUGAUUGUUGAAACUAGUGAUGAUUUAAUAUGGACAAUGGAAACAAAUUAACUUAAUUAGUGAUAUUUUGUUACUUAAGAGUUAGAUACAGUAUUAAUAAUAUCAGGAUUAUUUACAUUAUUAACUUGCAUAUAAAUAAUACUUAAUUAUAUUAAG